GGCGCAGCGCGUGCUGUUCACCGCGAUAAAAUAACGCAGAUACAAAUAAACCCGCGUGCCACGGAGCUCGAGAACCAUGCCGCGAGGACGAGCCGGCGGAAGAGCGUCACCAGGGGAAGCAUGAACGUGGCGCUUUACGUCGUGACCGUGGCUCAGUGCGUUUACGCCGCGUCCGUGGGAGUGGGGCGAGCGGCCGUGGAGGGGCGCAGGACGUGCAGGCUCUACUGUCGCGUGGGCAUCGGCUUCCACCUGCAGAUCCACGAGGACGGACGCGUCAACGGCACCCACAAGCCCAACCACCUGAGUCUGCUGGAGCUGUUCUCUGUGUCCCAGGGCGUCAUCGGCAUCAGAGGAGUCCACUCCAACCGCUACCUCUGCAUGAACCACCGAGGACGACUGCACGCUAUGGAGCACUUCUCGGAGGAUUGUCAGUUUCGCGAGCGUUUCCAGGAGAACAGCUACAACACGUAUGCGUCUGUGGCCCACGUGACCCCUCGGUCAGGGCGCCAGUGGUACGUAGCCCUCAACAAGCGCGGCAAGGCCAAGAUGGGCUCCAGUCCACGGGUCCGCUCCCAACAUGCGUCCACCCACUUCCUGCCCCGCGGAGGCUUGGGCGGGCAUGGGACUAUGGGCUUCACCAUUGCCCAGGAGCAGGAGGACGAGGGAGAGGGGAGCAGGAGAGCCGCAAGGACCAAAGUCUUAUCAAAGGGUUUGCUGAAGGAACCCGAAGCGAGCGUGAAUGUACUGGCCAAACGGACGGUGAAAUAUUGGCCAAAGUAUCGCUUUGGAUAG